AACCACUGGACCGCCAGGGAAGUCCCUGGGUUUUUUCUGCUGAUGGAGCAGUGUCCUCAGUUAGGGGGUUGGGGAGCACACAGACCCCUGCACCCAAGUCUUAAGCAAGGAGGACUGUGCUCGAAUGUGAGGCUUAAAGAGUCUCUUGGAUGUCUUGGGGAAGUCAGGCCCUCGGAAGGAGGCUGGGGCUUGGGGUCCAGGUAAGAGAGAAUGGGGGCUGCCUAUGGAGGAGGAUGUGGGCUGGGAAAAAGUAGAUGGAUUCCAGGGAUAUUUUGGUGGCUGUUGGGACAUGGGAGGGGCAUACUGAGGUAAAGAGGUGAGAGUGAUAUCCAGGGCUGUGCCUGGGUGAUGGGCAGGGGAGCCUCGAGAUGGGAGUACAGAAGAGCAAGAUGCCGCUGCUGUCAGUCUGAUGUCAGUCUGGGAGUAGCUGAGUGUGAGGGCGCUUGUAGGAUUUGCAGGGGAACUGUCCAGGGGGCAGGUGGGAGCAGUAGACAGGGCAGGAUUGGAGAGAGAUGGGGGGAGAGACCAGCGAAGAGGCGGCUAGGGAAAUCGUGGGAGUGGUUAGGAUCUCCCAGGACAGUGCGGAUGGAGCAGAAACAGUGAGCUUUUGACAGGGCGCUGAGCCCCACAGGCAACACCGCUUAUUGAGAAGCUAUUUUGUGCCACGCUGUGGGGAUCUAGCUGUGACCAAGACAGAUCCAAAGCCCUGCCCUGGUGGAGUUCACAUUCUGUUGGGGAGAGACAAAUAACUAGACAACCAGACAAAUAACUAGAUGACUAGGUUAAGCAGCAACAUAGACAGUUAUGUUAGGUAGUGUUACCAACUAAGAAGAAAAAUAAGCCAGCAAGAAAUGUGGGCAGGAAGUGCCCAGGAGGGUGUGCAGGGGAGGUCCCGUGAGAGGAUGGCAUUUGAAUAAACAUGAGGAGGAGGUGAGGGAAGGAGCCAUGUGGGUAUCUGGAGGGAGAGCUUUCCAGGCAGAGCGAACAGCACAUGCAGAGGUCCCGAGUCAGGUAUGGGCCGCAACUUCAGGGAACAGGAGGAGGGCAAUGUGGUUGGAUAGGAGUGAAUGAGGCUGGGAGAGUGAUAGGAGUCGAAAUCAAGAGGAAAUUUUUGUUUUUUUAAAGGAGAUCAGUCAACAUCGUUAGUGAUUAGGGACAUGCAAAACAAAACCACGGUGAGAUACCACUUCCCAGCUAGUAGGAGACGUGCCAUGUGUGUCUCCUUACUGGUAAGCCAGCUUAUCUUUCCCUGACCUCUAUUGAUUAUUUUAGGCUCAGGAAAAAUAGGAGAGCAGACGCAAUCUUUCAAAGGAGGAAAGUAUGUAGAGGGGUUUCCUCAGCUGACUGGGAAGAGGAAGAAGAAAGCUGAUGUACUAUGAGAAGAGGAUGGAGGUGGGGGGAGUAGGUGGUAAAGCGUACGUACGUUAGUCCGGACUGAGCCCAUGCUGGCAUGGCAAUAUUUUUGGAUAUGCUGGGUUAAAAUGUAUUAUUAAAAUUAAUAGUCCAAGUGUUGGCAUGAAUGUGGAGAAUCUGGAACCCUUCUGCAUUGCUGGUGGGAAUGGAAAAUGGUGCCGCCACUGUGGAAAACAGUCUGGUGGCUUCUCAAAAAGUCAAACAUUGUUACCGUAUAAUCCAGCAAUUCUGCUCCUAGGUAUAUGCCCAAAGGAAUUGAAAGCAGGGACUAGAACGAGUACACGUACACCACGUUCAUAGCAGCACUAUUCACAAGAGUCAAAAGGUAGAGACAACCCAAGUGUCCAUCCACCGAUGAGCAGAUAAACAAAAUGUGACGGAGCCAGAGCAUGGAAUAUUAUUCAGCCACAAAAGGAAUGAAGUACUGAGACAUGCACAACGUGGAUGAACCUCGAAAACAGGACAAAAAGACAAUACAGAAAGGGUGACGCAGGAAAAUUAGAGAACUCCCUUCUUGGACCACGGCAAACAGAUGCGAACGCUGGGGUACUGCUGCCAGCUGGUGGGCGGGGUCCUGGUGGAACAAUGUCCUGCCAGGUCAGAAGUGGGGACACGCCUGCUGGCACUGUCCUCCCAACUCAGCCACUGCAGGACCGUCCUGCGACUCUUUGAUGACGUGGCCAUGUUCGUCUACACCAAGCAGUAUGGCCUGGGGGCAGAGGAGGAGGCCAUCUUUGUCCGCUGCGUGUCUGUCCUGGGCAACCUGGCUGACCAGCUCUACUACCCCUGUGAGCACAUCGCCUGGGCUGCCGACGCCAAAAUCCUCCACGUGGAGUCUGCGCCGUGGUUAACACUGAGCACAGCCCUCUGGGGCCUCUCCCUGCUCCUGGGGAUUGCUAGGUCCCUGUGGAUGGUCCUGAAGCUGAGACAGAGGCUGAGGAGCCCCCUGGCAGCCCUCACCAGCCGGCUGCCCCAGGGCAAGCGGAGGGACAUGGAGGCCCAGAUCCGGUCGGAGGCACUGACCGUGCUGAGCAACCUGGCUGACCUGGCCAACGCGGUGCACUGGCUGCCCCCGGGCAUCCUGUGGGCCGGCCGCUUCCCCCCGUGGCUGGUGGGCCUCCUGGGCACCAUCUCCUCGCUCCUCAGCAUGUACCAGGCAGUCGGGGCCGGCGGCCAGGCCUACGCCGCCCCUGACGGACCGGGGAGCCGGAACCCUGACGGCGGCCCUUCCCACGGAGCAGUGAUCGCCCGGGAGGAGCCAGGUCUUUAAUUGAGCAGAUCAAGGCCAGGUGUGGGGAGGUGCGGCCAGAGGAUGCGCAGAGCAGCCUGGGGCACGAGCCCCCAGAGGGGCAGGUGUGUGUGGGCGGAGCGGGUAGACCCCGAGACUCGGUGCAGUGGAACAGGCACCCGCAGGCCGGAGUCCUGUACCCAAAAGGCGAGCGGGGGAGCCGGGUUGGGAUGGCGAGCGCCAGGUGGGCCUGAAGAAAGUGAAAUGAGAAUCAAUUAAAGGCGGUGGUGCUGCUGCGAGGCCA